GUGCCUUUAAAUUGUGGUAUACCACCGACGCCGACUUCAAAGCAGGGCCACAUUGAUUGUGCAUAGGGUUCGUUUGCAUUUCUGCUGAUAUUUAACAAUUUAUUUGUGAAACCGUCAUGUUUCGUUCUGGUCUUUCGAAUUCUCUCUGCAAUGCCCACAUGUUGGCAUCUUUUCAACAUAUGUGCUUGCCCCGAGCCUGCGCUAGGCUGAGUACAGCAGCUUCGCUUUCUGAUGCUGAGAACACACUGCGUCGCUCGUAUCUCUAUGUACCUGCUUCAUCCAGCCGGAUGCUUGAGAAAUCGCUGACCACCGACUCCGAUGUCAUUAUAUACGAUUUGGAGGACAGCAUACCUCCCUCGGCCAGUGACAAGGAUAGCGCACGUCAGAGGCUGAGCGAUUUCUUGAACAACACGCUUGUUACCCCUCAACCAGACCGGAUAGCUGUUCGAGUGAAUGACAUUACUACACCUUUCUUCCAAAGCGACAUAUCUCAAGUGCUCAAACUCCCUUCUGUCCGGACACUCAUUUUACCCAAGAUUCACGCACCAGAAGAUCUCCAUUAUGUCUCGAGAGUUAUUCGUAACUCUUUAGUCCAUGAGUCAUCUCGCGAUCCCUCCAUUUCUCCUUUGAACAUCGUAGCAAGUAUCGAGAGCGCCCGGAGCACAUAUAAUUUGGGGAACAUUGCCUCUUGGAAGUCGGAAUAUGGUCCGAUCACAGGAGGUCGUUUGCGCUCUCUCUUGUUUGCUUCAGAAGACUAUUGUGCGGACACUUCAGUUAUCCGGACAAAAUCUCGCCAAGAGUUGCUUUUUGUGCGCUCCCGAAUUGUGAUUACUGCAAAGGCUUUUGGCCUGAAUGCCAUAGACAUGGUUUGCAUAAAUUAUAAGGACCUAAACUACCUAAAGGACGAAUGUGAAGACGGAAGGAAAUUGGGCUUUGAUGGGAAGCAAGCAAUACAUCCUACCCAAGUCCAGACGAUACAAUCAACUUUUGUUCCAACAUCACAAGAGAUACUUCGUGCAGCCAAGAUACUUCAACAGAUGGAAGCUGCCCAUACGUCCCAAAGAGGCGCCUUUGGUCUGGAAACGACAGACGGCGGGAAAGAGAUGAUCGAUGCGCCUAUGCUUAAGCAGGCUCUGAAGACUAUUCACGCAGCAAAGAUGGCAGGAUUGGAGAUUCCCAUCUAACGACAAUUUUUAUAUGUGCAUGGUUUACUGAGAUAACUGCUGUAGUGUUGCUUUUCUUGUACCGAGCGAGUCUGUAUAAUUUAUGCGUCGAGUUUCUGCUUGGUU